UCCAUGAUUAAAAAAGGUCUAUAGUUCGUCUUCUGCCUGAGCUCAAUUCACGAUCUUCACCUGUAUCACCUGUAGGAGAAGUACUUCUCCAUCGCUUUCCUCUCAGUCUGUGCGCACAUCUGACUCUCUCGCUCUGGCCAGACAGGUUUUCCCUGCUCCGCCACUCCUCUAUAGGUUUUCGCAUCUCCUCCGUCAGCAUUUCACGCUGCCUAUGUUGCAUAAUAGAUCAUGACAUUUUUGCUCUAUCUCCAUCGCCCAUGAUUCCAUGACCUCGACUAAGACCUUCGUUCCACCUUACUCUAUCUAGGUAGAGACUUUAUUUCACCUUGUAGGUGUAAAGGUACUUCAAAGUUUGUUCACCGGGGUCCGGGAAUGCUUGGAUCAUUGGAACGUUUUGAAGGUUAUUCUAUCAAUGACUCUUAAAGUAUUUGAUUCAUAUUGUGAACUGAAGUUCCACAAGUUUGUGGUUCAGUUGGAUUGAGAUAGUAAAUAUGAGUUUCUGGUUGGCCAGCUCAAAAACUUGAAGAAAUAUUAUUAGGAAUUUAGGAGCAAAUCUUAUAGAAGAAAGUUAGAAUCUUAACUAACAUGACCACUUUAGUAUUUGGUAUCUGGUAGCUUAGCUUAGUUUGUAAAACUGAGAACUAUUAAAAACAUUUUGACUUGUAUUUUCUGAAGGAAUUGUAACUUCUUAAAUCUUAAAUUAAAAAAUAAAAUAAUUAUGUUUCGUGGUAUCUGAUAGCUUAGCUUAUAAUUAUAAUCUUCUUGUAAAAGAUUACCACUUUAGUAUCUGGUAUCUGGUAGCUUAGCUUAGCUUGCAAAACACUUAGUACCUCCUAUGUUCUGUUUAUAUGUUGUACUUUAUCACUUUCCUUGGUUCAUUUUAACUUGUUUGGUUAUAUAAUUCUUGUGCGGUACUCAAUACGGAGUACUUUUAAUUUCCCUUAAAUUAUAUAUCCAAUUUGCCACGUCUCCGAAUAGUAUAAUGGGUACAUUAAUCGGAGGGUGAGUUUCAAAUCAGAACUUUUUUGCUUCCAAUUACAGCUAAAAGUGAUUAAUUUUUUAUUGAUAAAACACACACACCUAUAACAUAUUUAGCUUGAUGGAAGAAAAUUAGGGCCCUGUAUAGAAAAAAAACUGGAAAACUGGAAUUAGAAAAAUUAGAAAACCUGUUUACCUCAUUGUUUUCCAAAACAAAAAAAAUGAAACGUAUCUCGGUUUUUUGUUAUGAAACGGAGAAGCCAGUUAUAUGUGUUUUUCGAAAUCCCAAAACACGGUGCUACAGUGCCCGAGUCUUCAAUGUUCACAUACCCUCCUCUACCGUUUUUACUUCGCGAACUCCCUCCUCCCAGAAAACAACGGUUCGCUGUCAUUGCUCCUCCCAGAGUUCUCAAAAUUGGUUUGCCGCCAUCACCACUAGGAGCUCCACCUAGACAUCACGGAAUCUCCCAACUCUUCAGUCGGCUCUUGCUCUCUCAACGAGUUCAAGGUAUGCCCCUGUGUUCUGGAAUGCUCCUUAUUCAAUUUGAUUUGGGUAAACUUUGAAUAUUAGUAAGCACAACAAAUGGUGAAAAUACCAGCACCUAAGUUUUGUUCUCCGUGUCUACCUAUAUGCUAGUUGCAUCCAAAUGUUGUUCUGAAGGAAUUUGAAUAUGAGCAAUGGAGGUAAAGUGGAGAGUAGACAAGGUGGAGGGAAUGCACUGGACAAUCGGGCGAGUUCCCAUGAAUUUGGGAGUGCUAUAUCAAGAAUUGCUGUGGCUCAGAUAUGCGAGAGUGUUGGGUUUGAGAAUUCCACUGAAGCGGCUAUGAAUUCCUUCUCAGAGGUUAUAGCCAAGUACAUUUCUGACCUGGGAAAGACUGCUACUUCCUAUGCCAGUUUAUCUGGGAGGUCCCAGUGUAACGUAUUUGAUGUGAUUCACGGGUUAGAGGAUUUCUGUCCACACACAGGGCUUAUGGGUGCUUCAGAAGCAAACAUUUGUGGGGUGAAUUCAGGUGUUAUGAAGGAGAUAGUUGAGUAUGUUGAGGCUUCUGAAGAGAUUCCUUUUGCUCAGCCAGUCUCGCGUUUUCCAGUGAUAAAAAUCCCAAAGAUGAUUCCUACUUUUGAUCAAAUAGGUGAAAAUCCGGAGUCUAAGCACAUCCCGCCUUGGUUGCCCGCAUUCCCCGAUCCUCACACCUAUGUACACACAGAUACAUGGAACGAGAGGGUAUCCGAUCCCCGAGAUGACAAAAUUGAAUUAGCCAGGCAACGCAGGAAGGCAGAGAGGUCUUUGUUGAAUUUGCAGCAGCGGUUGGUAUGCAAUGGUUUGCCAGUGCCUUCGAGUUCACAUAAGCUAAGGCAAAUUCCGGGUUCAAAAUUGACUCUAAAUGACGAGAGUGAUAACCCAUUCCUUGCUAGGACAUUGCAAGCUGGAGAUAAAGAUGCAUCUUCUAUAGCUCUUCCGGCCAAAUACUUUGCCAACGAUCACCACACCUCUUUACUACAGACUUUUUAUCCUGCAAUCGAGGCCAUUAAAGACAGCAUUUCUGAGAUGGGAAAUGGGACAGAGAAAAAACACGUUACCUACAAAAGGCUACCUGCUUUGUGUUUGGAGUUAAAACCUGGCAAGAAGGUUUUAGGUGAUUCAUUGGAUGUGAGACUUUGGAACAAUGGUAGUUCUGGAAGAGGAGCAUCAUGGUUCAGGAAAGAUGAUGAUAAUAAAGAUGAUAAAAAGAGGAGAGCUGAAUUGAUUCUUCGGCAAUCAAUUGAAAACCAGCAGGAACUGAUGCAGUUGUAAAUUAGAUUGGUGAAAUUAUUUGUGGUCACAAAAGUGUAGGGUUGGUUGAUGAUAAUCAUGAAAAUAGCACUGUAUCUAUAUUUCAGGAGCGUGCAGAAGAAGCCAGAUCAUAGUUCCAGGCAUUUUUUCAGGAGCUUAAUUGCUUUCUAUUGAUGAUAUGUUUUCUACAACUGAAACAAUCAAAAUCUAGUUCUUGGUGAGAUUCUUGUUUGUAGAAGCCAUACUUUUCCAAGUUGAAUUGAAGAGUAUUGUACAAUUCGGUUUUCAAUAUUUUUCAGUAAGGAGUUUGUUUUUAACGAGAAUCCGAAGGGUGGCAAAGCAGGAAUUGCUUGUGUACAUCUCUUCUUCUGGCA